AUGUCAUUCAAACAAGCUUGGAGACACUAUCCAUUCACCACCUUCUUCCACAACUGCAAAGAGACCCCAGAGAACAUCAAAGAGCUUUUUGAGAAAGCUAAGGUUCAACCAACAUUCAAGACCCUCUACAAGAUCGAAGAUCCAGCCAAACCAAGAGGAGUAGUAGUUGAUGUUCUUCUAGAGAUUGGAGACACAAAGAUACCGGUGGAUUUUCAUGUUAUGAACAUCAAAGGAGGAUGUGAUACGCUCUUGAUACUAGGCCGACCUUUCUUGGCCACUGCUGGAGCUAUCAUGGACCUACCAAACAAGCAAAUCUCUUUAGCCAAUGUUGACAAGACAGUUUUCUAUCCCACCAUACCUUUUAUCUCACCCACAAAGCUGUCUUACUUCAUCACUGCUCGAGGCCGCCCAAGAGAACUACCUCACCACACCCAAGGACAGGAUGAGACAAGCACCAAAAGAAUUUGUCUCAGGCCAUGCCCUUCUCUUCUCUUUAACUAA